AUGAACAGUGAUAAUGCUAUCACUACAGCUGCACCAGAUGUCUCUUCACCAUCUAAAAGCAUAAGCAGCCCAAAAUCAUUGCAAGCAGUGACACCACAGAAGAAAAGUCAGAUAAUUCGAAAAAGACAAGGUAUUAUGGAAAAAAUAAGAAGUGACCGCAAAACGUAUUAUGAGGAAAAACUGCACAUAGAAAACUUAAAAUUAGAAGAAAUGAAAAAAAGGAACCAACUGAUUGAGGAACGAAACAACAUCCUCAAAGAAAAGCAGUGUAACUGUCACCAAACAAGCUCCUAG